AUGGAUUGUAUGGCAACAAGGGAAAAAAACACAGAACUUGACCUUGAAAAAGGUUUAACCAUUAGUGAGGAAGAAGAUCAAAUCAAGAACCCAUUUUCAAGCCUUAAAAACAAGGCACAAAUGCUGCUUUCAAAGUUCAGCUUCUCAGACAAUGUUUCCUCGGACGAGAGAGUGUCAUUAUCCGGUGAUGCUUCGGAUUCCGGUAGUACGGAAGCAGUGAAUAAGGAAGGUCAAGAUAACAAGGGUGUUAUUGGUAAAGAGAGCAACAAUGAUAAUAAAAUUAACAAUAAUAAUAAAGUAGGGAAAGAGAAACGUAAUAAGAAGGCCCCAAAGCCACCAAGACCACCAAAGGCACCAACAUUGGAUGCUGCUGACCGUAGGUUAAUUAAGGAGUUAGCUGAGCUUGCUAGAUUGAAACGUGCAAGGAUUGAGAGGAUGAAAGCCAUGGAGAAGAUGAAAGCUACUAAGGGCAUUUCUUCUAACACCACCAUUUUGGCCAUGGUCUUAAUUAUCAUCUUGUUAAUUGUCAUCAUCUAUCAUGGAAUGGAAUCCCGAGGUACAUCGACGAAAUCCGGAGGGUCAGAAAUGGGAGUAGGAGGUGUAUUAUCACUUGAGUUAUUUGGGGAUCCAUCUUCAAGCAUUUCCAAUACCGGAUCUCCCUUCAUGGCAGAUCAGGUUGCAGGUUUAGAAACUGAGGCAAAGCUCAAAAGAUUCUUGUGGAUGUAG